GCUCCUGCUGCUCAGGGUAACCUCUGAGCCUGUGUCUGUGCCCAGCUGCUGAUCUGCUCUCUUGGUGUUCUACAGUUCACUCAACUGUGCUGCAGACACGGGGAGAAAUAAUGGACAUGGAACAAGGCAGAGAGCUGAACACCAGCCCCGUGUUGAUCCUCAAGCCCAAGGAGCCUUCACUGGGAGAUCAUGGAACUGUAACACUUGUGGUUGCCCUGACCCUGAGUGCUGAUGGUGUCAGCAGCCUGCAUAGCUCCAGAACAAAUUCAUAUCCCCCUCAGCAUCUCUUGGGGCACGAAGGCAAAAUAAGUGCUGGUGACCUGAGGGCCAAGGUCAAGAAGAAGCUGCACAAGGCUGAAAGCAUCAAGGCUGCAAAAAUCACUGUCCCACACCAGCCCCAGUUUGCCAGGCUGAAGCAUGUGGUGGAAAAGAUCUCCUCAAGCUGGGGUCAAAAUCAGAUGGAACCACGUUUGAAUUGGCAAGCACUGAACUCCUGGGAUCUAACUAGUGGGUUAAACCACAUUCUUGACAAAUCUGUUGACAGGCACCUCAGAGGUGAGGUGGAAGAUUUAGCUCUAAGGCAGAACUAUGUCAAUUCCCACAAACAGCCAAAAAAGGAAGACAGCCAGUAUUGGGUUGGACAUAAUCAGCUUUUCUACCAGGUCUUGAGCCCUGUGAAAUCAGAGGGAGAGCCCACAGCAACCAUCACCAAAGAUGAGCAGCGUCUAAACAGCAACCUGGAUUUUCUCUCUGACCCAUUGGUUCAGGGCCAACAUGCUGUGAGCAGCAGAGGAGGAGCCACGGCUGAGAAGGAGCAUUCCUCUCUAGGUGGGCACCUCCUGCUCAUGCCUGACACCACAGACACACACUGGAAGCAACAGGAAGAAGGUUCCAGGUUCCUCAAUAAACCUUGGAGCCCCCAAAGUCCAGACCUUGCACCGGUUCCAGGAGAGCUCUUGGAAGCCGUGGUUGAUCGUCAGCUGCGCUUGCUGGUGCCAGACAAAAGCCUGCAGAUGUUCAUGGCCCACGUGGAGCGAGCCCUGAGGAGGGACUGCAGCCUGCCCCAGCUCCAGCAGGCCUGUGCCAAGAUGGUCUCAAAGACUGGGCUGCUUCUAAAGGUGCUCAGUGAGAGGCAAGAAACCCAUGGAGCCUAUGAUCCCAUGGGCCGGUGUCCUCUGCAAGAGAACAUCUCCAGGCGCACAGCUCUGGAGGAGGAUCAGGAGCCCACAGAGAAGAAACCAGCGCAUACACAGGAAAUGAUCAUGUUUGUGGUUUUGUUAUCUCUCUUUGUUAUCAUUGGUGUGAUGCUGAAAAUCUUCUUCCACAUGCGCUUCCUAUCCCAUGAAGGUGCUUCCCAAGCCAGCCAUACCAGGAAAUUGUGGCUGAGAAGGUUCUGUGUAAAACUGGUACAGAGAGGGAGGAAGGAUAACAAGGAGGCACAGAAUGUAGAGCAGCAAAGGGCAGAGAGCUCCUCCCACCGCCAGCCAUUGUCGCUGCAUGCCCGUGCAUCCUUGCUUUUAAAAGGCCUUCCCUCCAUCGGCGCUUUGCAGAGAUUUUCUCUGUUCAGGAAAUCUGAAGUGCCAUUGGUUCAAUGCAUCACGGAUUCCUAUGAAAGUGACAAAAAAGGAUUUCAGGAAGAGACAUAGUGUGAAGAACUCGAGUGCCUGGAAAAUUUUCAUGAGGUUGAAUAGUUAAUAGGUUGCCAACAACUCUUCGCCUCUUGUUCCACAAUAGGAUCUGCUGAGGCUCUCCUUGGAUGCUGCUUCCAUGGCUGUUGUUAUUUCCUUACAUGCUUUUUCCUUGACUGUUAUUUUCUUGCUGUCACUGCUGAGGGAAGGCCAGAGGGUGCUGCAGGCAAGCACAAGCUCUGGGACACCCAGAGAAGGCAUCAGUAUCUCAGGCUUUUCCUCAUCCCUUGUAGCAAUGUUUUCCCCUGCAUUCAAUAAAAACCAAGUUUGUUC